AUGACAAUCCCAAUCCAAGAAGGCACCAUCCCCUUCCACCAUGCCACUCUCCCCACGGCCGCCCAAACCUGGUACCGGGUCUACGGCGACCUGAAGGGUGACACCACGCCCCUAGUAGCCCUGCACGGCGGUCCCGGCUUCUGCCACAACUACAUCCUGCCGGUGUCCGGACUCGCCCCCUCGCGGGCGGUGAUCCUGUACGACCAGAUCGGAAACGGGCUAUCCACGCACUACCCGGAGAAGCGCGGCGACCCGGGCUUCUGGUCCGUCGAUCUGUUCAUCGCGGAGCUGGAGAACCUGCUACGCCAUUUUGGGAUUGACGGGCACUUCGAUCUGCUAGGCCACUCCUGGGGCGGCAUGUUGGGGGCGGAUUUUGCGAUCCGUCAGCCCAAGGGCCUGCGGCGGCUGGUUCUCUCCAAUGCGCCCGCGUCGGUCAAGCUGUGGCUGGAGUCGGUGCAUCGGUUGCGGGCGACAUUGCCGCAGGAGACGCAGGACACGUUGAAGAAUUGUGAAGAUGAAGACAGGCUUGACGCGGCGGAGUAUGAGAAUGCGACGAUGGCCUUUCUCUCGCAGUUUUGUUGUCGCGUGCAGCCUUGGCCGGAGGAGCUUAUGCAGAGUGUUACUUGGGCGUCGCAGACGGAUCCGACUGUUGCUUUGACCACACUCGGUCCGUCCGAAUUCCAUGUUACGGGCUCCCUGAAGGACUGGAGCGUGCUGGACACCCUCCACAAGAUCAAGGUGCCCACUCUGCUGAUCAAUGGCAAGUACGACGAAGCGCAGGAUAGCGCAGUGGAACCGUUCUUCCAUGGCAUCGACAAGGUCAAGUGGGUCACGUUCUCUGAAAGCUCGCACUGCCCCCAGUUGGAGGAGCGGGAGAAGUAUCUCCAGAUUGUGGGCGACUUCCUGGGCCGUGCGUAG